AUGUCUGCCGCCCCCGAAGCUCCCGCCCAGGAGGUCCCGCCCGCCGCCGUAGGCGGGGCUCCUGCCGACUCUUCGCAGCAGAAGAUCGAUCCCUGGAAUGUUUCUGGUGCUGUCGGCGAAGAUGGCAAGAUUCAGGCCAUUGAUUACAGGAAACUUGUGGACGAGUUUGGCACCAAGCUCAUUGACGAGGCCAUGCUCGAGCGUUUCGAACGUGUUGUCGGCGUUAAGCCGCACCACCUCCUCCGACGAGGCGUUGUUUUCUCCCACCGCGACCUCGACCUGAUCCUCGACCGAUACGAGAAGAAGCUUCCCUUCUUCAUCUACACAGGCCGAGGUCCCUCUUCUGACUCGAUGCACAUUGGACACGUCAUCCCCUUCACGCUUACCAAGUGGUUGUCGGAUGUAUUGGAUGCGCCGCUUGUGAUCAUGAUGACGGAUGAUGAGAAGUUCCUCUUCUCCGAGAAGCGAACCGUCGAGGAAGUGAAGGGAUACACCAAGUCCAACGCCAAGGACAUCUUAGCCAUUGGCUUCAACCCUGACAGGACAUUCCUCUUCAACGACUACGAUUACGUCGGCGGCAAGUUCUACGAGACCAUCUCCAAGGUAUCCAAGAGGAUCACUGUCAACACUGCCAACGCGGCCUUUGGCUUUGAUGGCAGCUCCUCUAUCGGCAAAGCAUCAGCCUCCUUCGCCCCGUCAUUUCCCCACAUCUUCGGCGCGGAUGAAGCCCGCUCCAGCCAGAUUCCUUGCCUCAUUCCCUGUGCUAUUGACCAAGACCCCUACUUCCGCUUGACCAGAGACAUCAGCCAAGGCCUGAAGUACGCGAAGCCCUCGCUUAUCCAUUCUCGGUUCCUCGACGCCCUGCAGGGACCUGGCUCUAAGAUGUCGGCAUCUGUCGCAUCCUCUGCCAUUUUCAUGUUCGACACACCCAAGCAGAUCCUGUCCAAGAUGAACAAGUACGCCUACAGCGGGGGACGCGAGACGGCGGAAGAGCAACGUGCGCUGGGAGCCAACCCCGAUGUCGAUGUCAGCUAUCAAUACCUUCGAUUCUUCCUUGAGGAUGACGAGGAGCUAGCCCAAAUUGAGAAGGACUACAGCCAGGUGUGCCGAGGAGUUGUCCAAAUUCUGCACAGGGCUUCCAGGAGAAGGAGGGCGAAGGUGACCGACGAGACUGUCGCGCAGUUUAUGACUCGUCGUCCCUUGGUCUGGCGCGGUUCAGAGGGCCUCGCCGACCUGGCGGUCAGGCCUAAAGCAGAUGGCGAGGGCAAGGCCGAGGGUGAGGGAGAUGGAAAGCUGACAAAGAACCAGCUCAAGAAGUUGGAGAAACAGAGGCAAAUUGAUGCGAAGAAGGCGGCCAAGGCCCAAGAAAAGGGUGCCAAGGAUGCCGGUGCCGCUGAAGCGCCGGCUGCUCCUACCGAGGCGACGCCUGCGUCGUCAUAG